AUGGAAACCCUCCAUCUCCCCACCAGCUUAAUUAUAUCAAGAAACCUAUCGCUUAACAGAACCAGAAGAAUCAAGCUCAAAGUCAACCAAAAUUUCGGUAAUAGACACACAUCCCUAAGCUCCCUCCUUUCCACCCCUCAAUUUCCCGUCAUCAAAUGCUCCACCCACCACCAUGAACACCAUGAACACGAUCACCACCACGAUCACCACCACCACAACCAUAACCACCAUCAUGGUCCUAGUAAUGACGGUUCUGUCCGGCUCACCAAAUUUCAGGAAAAAUUUUUAAGUUUUGCCAAGACGGUCAAAUGGACCCACCUGGCUAAUUUCUUGAGGGAACAUUUGGAGCUCUGUUGCUGCUCAGCUGCUCUAUUUUUAGCUGUUGCAGCUUGCCCUUACUUGAUCCCCAAGCCAGCAGUCAAGCCGCUUCAGCAAGCCUUCACUUUGAUUGCCUUCCCUCUUGUGGGGGUUUCGGCCUUGUUUGAUGCUGUAAUGGAUAUUACGGGUGGCAAAAUUAAUAUUCAUGUACUUAUGGCGCUUGCGGCAUUUGCUACUGUGUUUAUGGGGAAUGCUUUGGAAGGUGGAUUGCUUUUAUCUAUGUUCAAUUUGGCUCACAUUGCAGAGGAUUAUUUUACUGGACGGUCUAGGAUUGAUGUCGAGGAGUUAAAAGAGAAUCAUCCUGAAUCUGCACUAGUGUUGGAUGUGAAGAAUGGGAAGUUGCCGAGUUUCUCUGAUUUGACAUACUAUGAAGUUCCUGUGAACGAUUUAGAAGUUGGAUCUUAUAUAUUGGUCAAAGCUGGCGAGUCAGUGCCGGUAGAUUGUGAAGUCUUCCAAGGUAGAUCAACAAUUACCAUUGAACACUUGACUGGGGAGGUCAAACCCGUAGAAAAGAAAGUCGGGGACAGCAUUCCUGGUGGUGCUCGCAAUGUUGAUGGUAUGAUGAUUGUUAAGGCAACGAAGACAUGGAAAGAGUCAAUGCUGAGCAGAAUUGUGCAAUUGACUGAAGAAGCUCAAUCAAGUAAACCAAGGCUUCAAAGAUGGCUUGAUAAGUUUGGCGAGCAUUACAGUAAAGCAGUUGUAGUUCUAUCAUUUGCAGUUGCAUUACUGGGGCCAUUGCUAUUCAAAUGGCCAUUUUUCAGUACAUCAGUUUGCAGAGGAUCAGUUUACAGGGCAUUGGGGCUUAUGGUGGCCGCCUCACCAUGUGCUUUGGCUGUAGCCCCACUGGCAUAUGCUACAGCAAUUAGUGCCUGUGCAAGAAAGGGAAUCUUGCUCAAGGGUGGACAUGUUUUGGAUGCUCUAGCUUCUUGUCACACCAUUGCGUUCGACAAAACUGGCACAUUAACAACUGGAGAAUUCACAUGCAAAGCAAUUGAACCAAUACAUGGACAUGUUAGCAACAGUGGGAAAAUAAAAGCUUCAUGCUGUGUGCCAAGCUGUGAGAAAGAAGCUCUUGCCGUGGCUGCUGCCCUGGAGAAGGGAACUACUCAUCCCAUUGGAAGAGCUGUUGUAGAUCAUAGCACGGGAAAAGAUCUCCCUUCUGUUUCUGUUGAAAGUUUUGAAAACUUGCCUGGCAGGGGUCUUUUUGCAACAAUUUCUUGCAUUGAGCCAGGACUUGGAGAUGGUAAGCCAUUGAAAGCUUCACUUGGUUCUGUGGAUUAUAUCACAUCACUUCUUCAGUCUGAUGAUGAAUCCAAAAAGAUUAAGGAGGCUGUUAGCACUUCUUCUUAUGGAGAGGACUUUGUUCGUGCUGCUCUCUCGGUUAAUAACAAAAAGGUAACUCUAUUCCAUUUUGAAGAUAAGCCUCGACAUUGUGCUUCAGAUGUCAUAAAGGCAUUGCAAUAUGAUGGAAAGCUCCGUGUCAUGAUGUUGACUGGUGACCAUGAGUCAAGCGCAUGGAGAGUGGCAAAUGCUGUGGGUAUCAAAGAAGUUCACUGCAGCCUAAAGCCUGAGGAUAAACUCUAUCACGUUACAAGUAUCUCCAGAGAUACAGGGGGGGGCCUCAUAAUGGUAGGUGAUGGUAUCAAUGAUGCACCUGCCCUGGCGGCUGCCACUGUGGGUGUUGUUCUAGCUGAACGUGCCAGUGCAACUGCUAUAGCUGUUGCAGAUGUGAUGUUGCUGCAGAACAAUAUUUUGGGGGUUCCAUUUUGUGUUGCUAAAUCUUGGCAAACGACUUCUUUGGUUAAGCAAAACGUGGCCCUUGCAUUAUCUAGCAUUGUUCUGGCAUCUCUUACAUCUGUUUUGGGGUUUCUCCCUCUCUGGUUAACGGUCCUUUUACACGAAGGUGGUACCCUUCUUGUUUGUCUGAAUUCAAUCCGGGCUUUACAUGCCCCAACAUGGUCUUGGAGGCACGAUAUUCAGACACUAGCUGAAAAAUUAAAAUCACUAUUUGAAUUCAAAACCCGUCGCACCAUCCAAGCUGCAGGGUUGUAA